AUUCGGCAGCAAAAUACUGCGGUGGCAAAUCUGUGCCAGUGAAAUUCCAGCUACUGGCCUCCUGACUUCUCGUUGAUGACAGCACCGUACAGUAAAUUCAUUUAUGCCUUCCUUUUCCGACUACCUUGUUUCGGUCCAAUACCAAAUGCGUCACCUAGGUAUAUAGACUGGAUAGUUGACGCUUGGAUCUGUACGUUACUGAAGUCUGACUGAGGUAUAGAGAUCAGUGUGUAUAUUCGACGCCGUAAACAUGGCGGAUGCUGCGGCUCGGCAGCUUCAAUACGAAUAUAAAGCGAACUCCAAUCUUGUCUUACAAGCUGACGUACGGCUUAUAGAAAGACGUAGCAGAGAUGAGGCGACUGGAGAAGUUAUGUCCCUUGUGGGCAAAUUGGAUGGAACCAGGAUGGGCGAUAGACAUCAAAGGACGAAACCAGGCAAAGCAGAAGAGCGUAAAGUGAAACGUCAAAAACGUGAUGAAGCGCAAUAUGACUUCACUCGUAUGAAGGGUGCCACUCUCUUGUCAGAGGGUGUUGAUGAAAUGGUAGGAAUUGUAUACAGACCCAAAACACAAGAGACUCGUCAGACGUACGAAGUGUUACUGAGUUUCAUUCAGGAAGCAUUGGGUGAUCAACCACGUGAUAUUCUCUGUGGUGCUGCUGACGAAGUAUUAGCUGUGUUGAAAAAUGAUAGAUUAAAAGAAAAGGAGAAGAAAAAAGAAACAGAGUUGCUGCUUGGUGGUUUAGCAGAAGAGAGAUUCGCCCUCUUGGUUAAUCUGGGGAAAAAAAUCACGGAUUUUGGCAGUGAUGAAAAGACUACAACAAAUGAAGAGAACAUUGAUGAGACAUAUGGUAUAAAUGUUCAGUUCGAAGAAAGCAGCGAAGAGGAUGAUGAAGAUGUGUACGGAGAGGUUAGGGAAAAUGACGAUGAAGGGGAUGAAGGAGAAGAAGCAAACAUUGAUCGUGCAAUUCACGCGGAAAACCUUGGUGGUGCGGAGGAAAUGAAGAAGGAAAAACCACUUCAUCCGUUAGAUAUCGAUGCUUAUUGGCUUCAACGGAGAUUGAGCAGAAUAUACGAUGAUGCAAUGGUAUCCCAAGCAAGAGCUGCUGAGGUAUUAGCAGUGUUACGAGAUGCGGGUGAUGAUCGAGAUUGUGAAAAUCAGCUGGUUCUCCUGUUAGGAUAUGAUUGCUUUGAUUUCAUCAAACAGCUUAAAAAAUAUAGACACAUGAUUGCCUAUUGCACGAUGUUGGCAUCGUCUCAAUCCGAAUCGGAGAGACAAAAGAUAAGAAAUAAAAUGAAUGAUGAUUUGUCUCUGGCAAAGAUCUUGCGUCAGCUAGACACGGGAAAGGGUGAUGAUGAUGCUGAAGAAACAAUGGAAGCACGUGCACAACGCAAGCGGCUGGAGGAGAACGAGGAUGGAGCUGGUGGUCCUGGUGGUCAAGUUCAAGGAUCGAGAAAUCUGAUUGAUUUAGAGGAUUUGAUAUUUGCUCAGGGAAGUCACUUUAUGGCCAACAAACGUUGUCAGCUACCAGAUGGAAGUUUCAGAAAACAAAGAAAAGGGUACGAAGAGGUCCAUGUCCCAGCACUGAAACCAAAGCCAUUCGGGGAGAAUGAGAAACUGCACCAAGUUGAUCAGCUUCCGAAAUACGUACAGCCGGCGUUCGAGGGUUUCAAAACGUUGAACAGAAUUCAGAGUCGGCUUCAAAAUUCGGCAUUGGAAAGCGAUGAGAACCUGUUGUUAUGUGCGCCAACUGGAGCAGGUAAGACAAACGUCGCCCUGCUCUGUAUGAUGCGAGAAAUCGGAAAACACAUAAACGCCGACGGAACGAUAAACGCUGACGAAUUUAAGAUAAUAUACGUUGCGCCAAUGCGGUCGCUUGUACAAGAAAUGGUAGGAAACUUUGGAAAGCGUUUGGCAAGUUACAAUUUGAUCGUGUCUGAACUCACGGGUGACCAUCAGCUGACAAGAGAGCAAAUCGCGGCAACACAAGUAAUAGUUUGCACACCUGAGAAAUGGGAUAUAAUAACUCGUAAAGGAGGCGAAAAAACUUUCACGUCUCUUGUCAGAUUGGUGAUUAUCGACGAGAUUCAUUUACUCCACGAUGAGCGAGGCCCAGUUCUCGAAGCGCUGGUUGCCAGAACCAUAAGAAACAUUGAAACAACCCAGGAAGAUGUGCGGCUAGUCGGUUUAUCGGCUACCCUUCCAAACUACCGAGAUGUAGCUGCGUUUUUGCGGAUAAAACCAGAAACCGGAUUGUUUUACUUUGACAACAGCUACAGGCCAGUUGCUCUGGAGCAGCAGUAUAUUGGUGUGACUGAGAAAAAGGCACUGAAGAGAUUCCAGGUGAUGAACGAGAUUGUGUACGAAAAAACGAUGGAACAUGCAGGAAGAAAUCAAGUCCUAGUAUUUGUUCACUCCAGAAAAGAAACUGGGAAAACUGCCAGGGCCAUCAGAGACAUGUGUCUUGAGAAAGACACGCUUGGUCAGUUCUUGCGUGAAGGAUCUGCGUCGAUGGAAGUGCUCAGGACUGAAGCUGAGCAGGUUAAGAAUCAGGAACUGAAAGACUUGCUUCCGUAUGGUUUCGCUAUUCACCACGCCGGAAUGACCAGGGUCGAUCGUACCUUGGUCGAGGAUUUGUUCGCCGAUCGACACAUUCAAGUUUUAGUAUCUACCGCAACUUUGGCAUGGGGAGUCAACUUGCCAGCUCACACAGUAAUUAUCAAAGGCACGCAGGUUUACAACCCAGAGAAAGGUCGCUGGGUGGAAUUGGGCGCGCUUGAUGUCCUGCAGAUGUUGGGGCGAGCUGGUCGUCCACAAUAUGAUACUAAAGGUGAGGGAAUACUGAUAACGAACCAUAGCGAGCUCCAAUAUUAUCUCUCGCUUUUGAAUCAGCAACUCCCCAUUGAAUCUCAGCUUAUAAGCAAAAUGUCAGACAUGCUGAACGCGGAGAUUGUGCUUGGAACAAUUCAGAAUAUACGAGAUGCUGUUACAUGGCUCGGAUACACUUAUCUCUACAUCAGGAUGUUGCGGUGCCCACAACUCUACGCCAUACCUCAUGAUAAACUUAAGGAAGACCCGUUGCUAGAGCUACACAGAGCGGAUUUAAUACAUUCAGCUGCUCUGGGAUUAGACAGAAGUGGAUUGAUUAAGUAUGAUAGAAAAUCUGGACAUUUUCAGGCGACCGAAUUAGGUAGAAUCGCGUCCCACUAUUAUUGUACGCACGAUACCAUGUCCACUUACAAUCAACUCCUCAAGCGUACUUUGAGCGAGAUUGAACUGUUCAGAGUGUUUUCAUUAUCAAGCGAAUUCAAGAAUAUCAACGUCAGGGAAGAAGAAAAAUUAGAGUUACAGAAACUGAUGGAAAGAGUGCCCAUACCUAUAAAGGAGAGUAUUGAAGAGCCGAGCGCCAAGGUCAACGUUCUUCUUCAGGCUUACAUAUCUCAAUUGAAGCUUGAGGGUUUCGCACUAAUGUCUGACAUGGUAUACGUUACGCAGUCAGCAUCCAGGCUGAUGAGAGCUAUUUUUGAGAUUGUCUUGUUCCGAGGCUGGGCUCAGCUAGCGGACAAAUGUCUAUCCCUCUGUAAAAUGAUCGAUCGAAGGAUGUGGCAGUCAAUGUCGCCGCUUAGACAGUUCAGAAAAAUGCCCGAGGAAAUAGUGAAGAAGAUUGAGAAGAAAAACUUCCCGUGGGAGAGGCUUUACGAUCUUGGACCAAACGAAAUCGGGGAACUGAUCCGUGUUCCUAAACUUGGUAAAACAAUUCACAAAUAUAUUCACCAGUUUCCUAAACUGGAACUGUCAACCCACAUACAGCCCAUCACUAGAUCCACCCUACGCGUUGAGUUGACGAUAACACCGGACUUUCAAUGGGAUGAAAAGAUCCAUGGUGCCUCAGAGGCCUUCUGGAUUCUUGUGGAAGACGUUGAUUCGGAAGUCAUACUUCACCACGAGUACUUCCUUCUCAAAGCCAAAUACGCCAGCGACGAGCACCUGAUCAAGUUCUUUGUUCCGGUGUUCGAGCCUCUUCCUCCUCAAUAUUUCCUUCGGGUCGUAUCGGACAGAUGGAUCGGUGCUGAAACUCAAUUGCCGGUCAGCUUCCGUCACCUUAUUCUACCGGAGAAAAAUCUACCGCCUACCGAGCUCUUGGACUUACAACCGCUGCCGAUAACCGCGUUGAGGAAUUCCAAGUUCGAAACUGUCUACACUGACAAAUUUCCCCAGUUCAAUCCCAUCCAGACGCAAGUAUUCAACGCGGUCUACAAUUCCGACGACAACGUCUUCAUCGGCGCACCUACUGGCUCUGGCAAAACUACAAUCGCCGAAUUCGCCGUGCUGCGUUUGCUGACUCAGAAUCCCGAGGGAAGGUGCGUUUACAUGGUGAGCAAAGAGGCACUAGCGGAGCUUGUGUACAGCGAUUGGGUAGCUAAGUUCAAUCAACAGCUCGGAAGGAAGGUGGUUUUAUUGACGGGAGAAACUGGCACGGACUUGAAGCUCCUCGCAAAAGGUCAGGUGAUAAUAACGACUGCUGACAAGUGGGACGUCCUGUCAAGAAGGUGGAAGCAGAGGAAGAACGUUCAGAACAUCCAGCUGUUUAUCGUCGACGAGCUCCAGCUCAUCGGUGGCGAAGAGGGGCCGGUUCUUGAGGUGGCCUGUUCGAGGGCGAGGUACAUAUCUUCACAGCUUGAAAAACCUACGAGGAUAGUAGCUCUUUCAGCCUCUUUGGCCGACGCCAAAGACGCCUCGCAGUGGCUGGGCGCUCCGGCGGCCGCAACGUUCAACUUCCAUCCAUCGGUGAGACCGAUACCCCUGGAACUCCAUGUCCAAGGAUUGAACAUCACACACAACGCCUCCCGCCUUGCGGCGAUGGCGAAGCCAGUUUACAACGCGAUCCUGAGACACGCACCCCACAAACCUGCGAUCGUUUUUGUACCAACGAGGAGACAGGCCAGAAUGACCGCAAUUGAUCUGCUCACGUUCACCGCAGCGGAGGGACAACCGUCGAGGUUCUUCCACGCGGAGGAAGCGGACAUAAAACCGUUUUUGGAUAGAAUGAGCGAUAAGACACUGAAGGAGACCCUGUCGCAGGGUGUUGCUUAUCUACACGAAGGACUCUCGAUCGAUGACCGACAUUUGGUCGAGCAGCUCUUCGACAGCGGAGCGAUCCAGGUCGCUGUCGCGACACGGGACCUCUGCUGGGGACUGUCGAUAAAUUCUCAUCUCGUUAUAAUCAUGGACACCCAGAGUUACAACGGCAAGACUCAUGCCUACGAGGACUAUCCGAUCACCGAUGUUCUUCAAAUGGUCGCCCGCGCCAACAGACCGCUCGAAGACCACGACGCCAAAUGCGUCCUCCUCUGUCAGAGUUCAAAGAAGGAUUUCUUCAAGAAGUUCUUGAACGAGCCACUUCCCGUCGAGAGUCAUCUCGAUCACAGGCUCCACGAUCAUUUCAACGCCGAGAUAGUGACCAAAACUAUAGAAAACAAGCAGGACGCAGUCGAUUACUUGACGUGGACAUUCCUUUACAGAAGACUCACGCAAAACCCGAAUUAUUACGGUCUUCAAGGCGUCACGCACAGGCAUUUGUCCGACCAUUUGUCCGAGCUCGUUGAAAGCACGCUCAGCGAUUUGGAGCAGGCCAAGUGCGUGGCGGUUGAGGACGAAAUGGACACCCUGCCUCUGAAUUUGGGCAUGAUAGCAGCGUACUAUUACAUCAACUACGCGACCAUAGAACUGUUUAGUCUCUCACUGAACAAUAAAACGAAGAUUCGCGGUCUCCUCGAGAUCAUAUCAGCGGCGGCUGAGUACGAAACGGUUCCGGUUAGACAGAGGGAAGAGAACUUGCUGAGAAGUCUCGCCGCGCGGCUUCCGCACGCACCUCAAGUCGCCAGAAUGGCGGAUCCUCACGUUAAGGCACAGCUCCUCCUUCAGGCGCAUUUGUCCAGGAUUCAGCUGGGUCCCGAGCUGCAAAACGACACGGAAUUGGUCCUCGGCAAAGCUGUCAGACUGAUCCAGGCCUGCGUCGACGUCCUUAGUUCGUCAGGGUGGCUGGCACCGGCUGUAGCUGCGAUGGAGUUGGCGCAGAUGGUGACGCAAGCUAUGUGGUCGAAGGACUCGUACCUGAAGCAACUGCCCCAUUUCACUUCGGAGACGAUAAAACGGUGCACCGAAAAGGGGGUGGAAACUGUCUUCGACGUGAUGGAACUCGAAGAUGACGAUAGAAACAGGCUCCUGCAGUUGACGGAUGUUCAGAUGGCCGACGUUGCCAAGUUCUGCAACCGCUAUCCCAAUAUUGAGAUGGCUUACGAAGUGCAGGACAAGGACAAGCUGAAGAGCGGCGGCACGGUGAACGUUGUUGUCCAGUUGGAGAGAGAGGACGAAGUCACGGGUCCCGUUGUCGCACCGUUUUUCCCCCAGAAACGCGAGGAGGGAUGGUGGGUCGUAAUCGGCGAUCCGAAGAGCAACUCUUUGCUCUCGAUCAAGAGACUCACCCUUCAACAAAAAGCGAGAGUCAAGCUGGACUUUGUGGCACCUGCACCAGGCCAGCACUCGUACACUCUGUACUUCAUGAGCGACGCUUACUUGGGAUGUGAUCAAGAGUACAAAUUCACCAUACACGUUGGAGAGUACGAAUCCGACGCCAGUUCCGAAUCCGAGUCGGAUUAAGGAUCUCUCGAUAGCAUUUAAUAUGUUUUCAAGCCAUAUGUACAUAUAUAUAUAUGGAUACAUGUAUCUUGAUGGCAAAACUUCCGGUAUAAUACUGCAUGGAAUUGUUAUGGAUGGUUUUUUUGAUUCGUGAUCACAUCCUUCUCUACACGAAACAGUGAAUAGUAAUCUGAUCAUAAUUUUGCUUCGCUAGAGUAUGAUAGGUUUUAUUCUUGAUUUAUUUUUCCAUGUAGAUGCUACGGUACGAUUCUGGAUGAAAUUAUUUGCAAUUAGUCUCGAUUGCUUGAAUAACGACGUAUGUAUGUACGUUCGAUCGAGUUUUUUUUUCCUACAGUUGGACUA